AUGCAAAACACCGUCAGCACCGCUCCGGCCGAUGCUCUGGCCGCCAAGGCUGAGCAGAAGGCCGAGAAACGAGAGCAGCGCCAGAAGAAGAGUGCCAUUCAUUAUCCAUUCUGGUUCGGAGGGAGCGCCAGCAGUAUGGCUGCGUGCGUGACGCAUCCAUUGGAUCUAGGCAAGUAUUUUCCUGUUCUUUACCGCCUUGUGCGACUUCAAACCCGGGCCCCCGAUGCCCCCAAGUCCAUGUCUAGCACCUUUCUCAAGAUCAUCCGGUCCGAAGGCCCCAUCGGACUCUACAGCGGCAUCUCGGCCUCGCUGCUCCGCCAGAUGAGCUACUCGACCGUCCGCUUCGGCGUCUACGAGGAGAUGAAGUCCCGCUCCGGAAGCGCAGACGCCUCGUUCCCAAUGCUCCUCGCCAUGGCCUCCACCUCGGGCUUCAUCGGUGGCAUCGCCGGCAACGCCGCCGACGUCCUCAACGUGCGCAUGCAGCACGACGCCUCCCUGCCCCCCGAGCAGCGCAGGAACUACAAGCACGCCAUCGACGGCAUGAUCAGGCUCGCGCGGGAGGAAGGGCUGGCGAGCUGGUUCAGAGGGUGGCUGCCCAACAGCAGCCGUGCCGCCGUCAUGACCGCGAGCCAGCUGGCCAGCUACGACACCGCCAAGCGUCUCCUUCUCGACUACACCCCCAUGAAGGAUAACCUGAUGACGCACUUCUCCGCGUCAUUCUUGGCCGGUCUCGUCGCCGCGACUGCGACGAGUCCCAUCGACGUUAUCAAGACCCGUGUGAUGUCCUCCCACCACGACCACGGGAUCCUGCGUUUGAUAAGCGACAUUAAUCGCACCGAAGGACUGGGAUGGGUGUUCAAGGGCUGGGUUCCCAGCUUUCUACGUCUUGGACCCCACACGAUAUGUACAUUUGUAUUCUUAGAAUUCCACCGCAAGGCCUAUAGACAGGUUCAGGGCAUAGAUGAGGCAACCUUGUAG